UUUCUGCGUGAAUUCGUGAACAAGAAAGAACAUGGCGUCUUCUGAACAGAGUACAAAUAAGGCCAGGAUCCCAAAAGUGGCAAAGGUUGGUAAACUUUCUGAUUCUUACGCGACGUAAAACGGGACGAUUUCUUUUUCAAAGGUCGAGAGAAAGAUUUUGUGCACGAGGGUUUGAUUUAAGAACAAAUUUUCUUUUAUUUUACUUUACUGAUUACUUAAUCUUGCUUUAAGUUUCCCAAAGUCAGCUAAAAAUUAGCAGGAUUUUACUGGAUGAAGAAAUUUUAAAAAGUAAACUUUAAGUUUAAUUAAAAUUCGAAAGUCUGACGAGCUAUUAGCCUGAUAAUAUUGUAGUACUACAUAUAAGUUUAAGCUAAACUAUAAUUUCGUAAGCUUAUAUUUUUGACACCGAUCGCGGAGUACGACCUCUGAUCGCUCCCAUUGUUGGAUUUUAUAUUAGUUAAUACUAUUCUUCGAGACUAGUCGUCAUCACUUAUGAUCAAUUUUUUAUUUCUCUUUUGUAUUGUUUCUAUCAAGGUUAAGAACAAGGCACCGGCCCCAGUUCAGAUCACAGCAGAACAGCUGUUGAGGGAGGCAAAGGAAAGACAGCUGGAAUUAGUUCCUCCAGUAAGGAAAUUAUGUUAAAGAGUACCAAGAAAUAAUGUGCUGUGCAAGGUAAAAAGUACCUGCAGUAAAACCUUCUUAACACGAGCACCAAAAGGAAAGAGCCACUGGUCCACAAUACAAAGGUGUCUGAAUCAGUUGCAGUCAAACCUGUUUAAUGCAGACAGCAAAGGGACAUGGCCAAGUGUUCACAGUACACCACCAGGGUUCAGGCCUCGCCUGUCGUGUUGUUUCCUUAGACAAGGAACUCUCCACUUUGUCUCUUUUCACCCAGGUGUAUAAAUGGGUACGGCAAAAUACUGCUGGGGGGUAACCCUGGUAUGGACCAGCAUCCCAUCCAGGGGGGAGUAGCAAUACUCCUAGAAUUGCUUUAUACUUUGGAAACCGGUAUAAGCUCCGGCCGUGUGGGCCUUUAGCUCGCGGUCAUGUACGCCUUUACCUACCUCAAGGCAAAAAAGUACCUGCAGUCAAACGUUCUUAAUAUGGGCACCAAAGGGAAAGAGCCUAUGGUCUGGACACAAUACAAAGGUGUCUGUAUCAGUUACAGCCAAACCUGUUUAAUGCAGACACCAAAAAAAAGGGACAUAGCCAAGUAUUCACAGUACACCACAUUAUAGGUGCCUGUAUUACAGUCAAACAUCCUCAAUAUUGACUCCAAAGGUGUCCAUAUUAUAGAGUGUUUUCACAUGACAUCACGGCGGCCAUAUUGGUGUCCCAAAACAAUGAAAUGGUGACCAUGUUGGUGUCCCAAACCAGUCCUGUGGGAGUUGAACUCUUUUCUUAUGCAAACGCUUUCUUUUGUUCCAAUAAAUUUUCAUAGAUGAUGGCCACGUGAGUGAAAACACUCUAUAGAAUUGGGAAUUGUGUGAAACUUUGAUCCACAGUAGCAUUCUUUUUUGUCUCUUUGUUUAAACAUGAAUUGACAGAAGUUAAAAGAAGAGCUUAGUCAUAAGUGCAAAACAGAUAGAUUUUGUUAGGAAGUCAACACACUGUUUAAUUUAGUUGUCGCUUGGUAUACAUACCUAACCAAAUACAAAUACUUUCUUUUUCAGCCUCCAAAACAGAAGAUCAGUGAUCCAGAUGAGCUGCAGGAAUACAAGCUUCGUAAAAGAAAGGUUCUCUUUCGAAAAUAAUGUAAAUUCUGCUUUGGUUAAGAGUAAUUACAGCAUAUAAAAUAAGUAAUAAUUAUUUAUUAUUAUCACUGAAUCUGUGGUGUUUUUGCUAAAUGCUAAUCCUAAUUCUUUCACGAGUUCACCAUCAUCCUCAUUUUCUUUCUGUUGACAGGCUUUUGAGGACAGUCUCCGUAAAAACAGAUCAGUAAUCAGUAACUGGUUAAAGUAUGCACAGUGGGAAGAAAGUCAACGAGAAAUACAAAGGUAUGAUGCUGUAAACACAAUUAAAAGUCUUUUACUCCCAGUUGUUCCAUACAGCACAAGAUAUGCCUUUUCAAUCUCAAUAUCUGAUCAUUUUAUUCCUGCCGAAAAGAAAUUUGUGAAGACAGAGGUUAACUGGCUGUAUUUUCAGCCUCUUUGGUAUUGUGCGUUUGAUAUUACUAUUGUUUUUUUCUCUCUUUUUUUGUUUUAGAGCUCGGUCCAUCUAUGAAAGAGCUCUUGAUGUAGAUCACAGAAACAUCACUAUUUGGCUGAAAUAUGCAGAAAUGGAAAUGAAGUAGGUGUUACUCAUAUGUACAAGUUGUAAUAUCAUAGAAUAUAACCUUGAAUUCUGUUGCUUGCAUAAUUAUUUUAAAGAUGUAAUUUCUAUAUCAAUCUAGAGUAGAGACUGUUCCUUAAACCUCCUAAUGGUACUACUCUAAUACCGGACCCCUGAAAAAAGUCUGUAAACUUACAGGUUGUAAAAAUAUCCCCGUGAAUGUUGUUGAUGCUCAUUUGUUGUGGUUCCAUUAUCUCCACAGGCAUCGGCAAAUCAACCAUGCUCGAAACAUAUGGGACAGAGCUGUCACCAUAUUACCCAGAGUGAACCAAUUUUGGUAAGUGAGAUAUUUAUUUUUGUUUAAUUAAAUCUUAUUAUAAUCCCAAACUCCCAAUUCACAAUGUGUUAAAGUCUACCUAAAAUAGUAAUUUCAGCCAAUUCAGUUCAGGCAAUAUUAAAUUUACAUUUUGUAAGUGUUGAAAUUACCUAAGAACUUUACCCUGAAUACCAGGCUGUAACUAUGGUGAUUUCUGCAUUUGGGUUUGUGGACAAAACCUUUAAGUUUGACUCUUCUUUGAAAAUGAAGCAUCUUAAUUAUCAGGUCUUUUCUUUUUUUUGUCAAUUAUUUAUUUGCUUUACAUAAACAAAGAAUAUUUCUAAAUACAACAGAAACAAAAAGCAGUAAACAAUGCACUGAAAAAAAAAUUGAUAAAUUAAAUGUAAGAUAGCUAAACAAAAGGGGAAGAAAUUGUUUUUAUUCAUGCAAGAAACAUAUUUGUUGUUGUUAAUUUUGAUCUCGGGUAAUUUUUGUUUUUCUUUUUUUUGGGGAAUGAUAAAUGUAUGCUAAUGAAGUUAAAACAAAUGAAAAAUAAGAAUGUACUUGAGAUAAAAAAUUAAUUACAACAUAUUCCAUCAGGAAAGAAAAAAAGAUUGUCUUUUGGAAUCUGUUCAUAUUGAUUUAAAACUCUAAAAAUAAAUUAAACUAAUUAAAAAACUGGAAAAUUGGGGGAGGAGAGUUCACUCAAAUAAAUGCCUUGUCUCAAGUAUUUUUUGUCACUUUUCACCAGUUCUUUUGCAUGGAACUUUUUUCCAGUCAAAAAAGGAAUUUUUUUUGUCAAUCUAUGCCUCUGUCAGGUACAAAUACACCUACAUGGAAGAGAUGCUAAGUAAUGUGGCUGGUGCACGGCAGAUCUUUGAACGCUGGAUGGAAUGGGAACCUGACGAACAGGCAUGGCACUCAUAUAUUAACAUGGAACUACGAUACAAAGAGACUGACCGGGCCAGAAAUAUAUAUGAGAGAUAUGUAAUGGUGCAUCCUGAAGUUAAAAACUGGGUCAAGUACGCCAAGUUUGAAGAGCGCCAGUCAAAUAUAGGUAUGGAGUACAAAAAGGAAACCCCGUCAGAGUGGGGGAGGGGGAAGGUUACUCUACAAAAUUUUAUAUAGGGAGGCUCCACCCUGUGGUCCAACCCCUUACCCAAUUUUUAUACUGUUUUUGACAGAAAAUGUACUCCCUUUUGUAUACCUUUCAGACAAAUGGCACCCCCUUCACAAACUAGUUUACAGUGUUGCAUCUUCUUUAACUGCUGUAAAUACACUGUCAAAUCACAUAACCAGAAAGUUUCUUGUCUUUUUCACAGCCUUAAAUAUCUCCUGUUAGCCCUUUUUGAUCCAUUCACACACCCCAACGACAAAUUUCCCUACCCUUUCAUACACUUCAAGUAGUAGAAUCCCUGCCAUUUCGUAUACCUGAAGCCUGAAAAAGGUACCCCUUACGGGCGGAGCCUCCUUGUAUAGGCCAUUUUAUGGAGUACCCCUCCCUCCAGAGGGGAACCUCACUACACUUUUGGUAAAAUAAAGUGUGCACAUUGUAAGUGUGUUUUGUAGAUCCCUCAAGAUAUUUUCCUUUAAGGUAGAGUUCUUUACUGUAUAAAAGUGUUAUAUAUUAUUAUAUUCCCUCUGUAGUUGGUGCAAGGGAUAUCUAUGAAAGGGCUGUGGAAUUCUUUGGAGAGGAAAAUGCUGAUGAGAAGCUGUUUCUUGCAUUUGGAAAGUUUGAAGAAAAUUGUAAAGAGGUAAGAGCUGUAAUCCAUGUACAGUGUAAACAGUACUUUAAACAAAUACAAGAAACUUGCUUCCAAACUGAAGGGGUCUAAGUGUCUUUAUUUGUGCUUCAUUCCAUAGCAUGAUCGUGUAAGAGUGAUUUUUCAGUAUGCACUUAAAAUACUUCCAAAGGAGGAGUGCCAAGUAAGUUCCACAGAUCUUUUAAUUUUAUAUUAGGAAGAAUAAUGUACCCUUAAAGUUUUACAUCACUCUGUGCUCUUUAAUGAGCUAAAAAUAUUUCACUGGUUUGUCAAGAGUGAGACCAAAGUUAUUGUGAGACCUUUCACUUAAUAUAUCAAACAUGAGAUGCAGUGUUUCAUCACCAGAUGAAACACCAAGAAGAGAGUUGAAAAUACGACGCGCAGCGGAGUAAUUUUGACGAACUUCGAGGUGUUUCAUCUGGUGAUGAAACACUGUGUCGAAUGUUUGAUAUUUCUUCUCAAAUAAAAUCAUUUUUGAAGGAGAAAUUAAGGAUGCAAAUACUAAGCAGUGUUUCAUCCGAUUUCCAAACACUCAUUAAACAUUAAUUUCCUUUGUAUUUUCUUAAUGAAUUAUUAAUGAGUUUGAGAAGUAUAGAUUGCAAUUUCACUUAUCGCUUGCAUGCAUACAUUAAUUUCUCCUGCUUGGUAUUGUCUUCUGUUGGUUUGCGGUUAAGUUAGCACCAAGUUCACAAUUAUUGAAACCACUCUUUUGGGUUUGGGCAGCAAGUCUUGCUUGACUUGUCAUAUAAAUUGCCUGUAACCUUUUGAUAUAACCUAGAAACAGUAGCAGCUGUUACACUCUGUAUGGCAAAUGGAAUUACAAGCCUACAAGUCAAGACCUUGUGAACCUCUGGAUAUGAGCCACUUUUUAUUGAUUAUAAGGUGAUUGGGCCCAUAACAGAGCUCGAAAUUUAUUUCCCGUAAUUUUUAGGAGCUCUACAAGGCAUACACUCAACAUGAGAAAAAGUAUGGUGACAAAGGAGGGAUAGAGGAUGUGAUAGUCAGUAAGAGGAAGUUCCAGUAUGAGGAGGUAUGUGUAAUAGACCUGUUGCAAGGUUAACCCUUACCCCGGGGGGGCACUUUAGGAAUUUCUGGGUGGGGAUGUGCCGCUUGGACCCUGGAACCCUUGACCUAUACCAGAGCUAGUUCAGCUGAAUUUUGCUACCCUAUACUAGAGUAAACUUUCAAAAUCCCCCCUAUCCUAGAGUAGCUGUUUCCCCAGUCUAGAUAAAAUCUUCAACCAACUGAUCAGUUUCCUGAAAAAUGAUACCCUAUUCUAGACCCAAACGCUCUGAUUUAUAUAACCUAUCCUAGAGUAAACUGCUUGAAAACCAUACCCUUCACAGCGGCACAUACCCAUAUAGCCCAUAUAUGGCAGUACCCCCCGGACCCUUACCCAGCAAAAAUACCCUCCAUUGAGUAGCACAGGCCUGAAAAUUGUUAUUGUCACUGAACUAAGCAUACUCUUUCUGUUUCUGAAAAUAGUUUAGCUCUAACUUCUAGUUUUUACCUUGGAAUAUUUAUUGAAUGGUAAGAGAAUGAUGUGAGUGGAGUUGAGUUCUGAUUGUAGAAUGACCUAGACAUUUAAAUACAAUGCAGUUUCUUUAGUUAGUUUUUUUUUUAAACUUUGGGGUAGGAACUGGGGUGUUGGUGGAAGUCAAUUGCACACAAAAAUGGUGCAAUAUCGGUCAAUUAACCACUCCAGAAAACAACAUAACAUACAUAACAUACCAUAAUGAAAUGUCAGUCACUGUCAACAACAACAGUCCUAUUCAGGACUAUGUUCACCCGGACGAUCAAACUCAACCUACUUUUGAUAAUGUUCUUUUUUUGUCACCCCAAAAUUUUACAUAAGCAUUGUUUUCAAUUUCUCUUGGGAGUUAAAAUGGCCCCAAGAGAAACUGAAAACAAUGCUUAUGCAAAACGUGCUAUAGCCAGCCAAUGAGCUUCCAGAAUUUCAUGCACUCAAAGUUUUGAAAUUAAUAUGUAUCUCUUGUAUUUUUCAGGAAGUGAAAACUAACCCAAGCAAUUACGACGCAUGGUUUGACUACCUGCGUUUGAUGGAGAGCGAAGCAGAGCCAGACGCUGUACGGGAAGUGUAUGAAAGAGCAAUAGCAAAUGUCCCCCCUGCUGAGGAAAAGCGACUGUGGAGGCGAUACAUCUACCUGUGGAUUAACUAUGCUCUAUACGAAGAGCUUAUUGCCAAGGUGAACAUGGACCACGGGCAGCCAGUCUCUCUUUUUUCUUAGUCCGUCGAGCAGAACGCGCGAGACACGAAACGCGCGUGACUGAAGGCGCGAGAUGAGAGAGGGUCGAAAUACACGAGACAAAAUUUUUUUCUUCUCGCACUGCCACCCUGUUUUCUUUCGUCUCGACUCCCCUCACUAAAACUAAAGAAAAACAGAGACUGCUCACAGUCCAACGUGGGCAGAAAUCUUGUGUUUGACCGUUUGCUAUGGAUCGUUUCAAACGUCGAACUUUGCAUGUGCCGAAUCUAAUAUAAAUUUGCGCGAAAAAUAAAUUCUCCUCUUUACAGCGUAGCAUUGAAUUCAGCAGAUGUGAAGUUCGCCGUUUGAAACACAAACGGUUCAGGCAUUACGCUUUUACAGUAGCAACUCCAGCCACUGGCUGACAUGCAGUAUUUAGAAAAAAAAUUGUAAAAAUUUGUUAAAUUCCUAAUUUAUCGUUUUUGUUUUGUAGGACAUGGAACGUACAAGGCAGGUCUAUCGGGCUUGCUUGGAUCUAAUACCACACAAAAAGGUGUAGUGCGAUUUGUAAGACAAAUAACAUCUUAAUGCAUUAUGAGUGUUGUCCUAAAUUAUAUGUAACUAUACAAUUCUUGUUCACGAGUAUGGUUAAAAUAAAUGUUUCAAGGUUACAGUGGUUUCUUCUCCUGCGGUAGCUUACAAUAUUAGUGUAGACAUUUCUCCCCUUAGUGAACAAAGUUUUCGUCUUUUUUUGCAGUUUACCUUUGGCAAAGUGUGGCUGUUGUAUGCCCAGUUUGAAAUUCGCCAAAAAGAUCUCAAAGCAGCUCGACAGGCGUUGGUAAGUCGAACAGACAGUACUUAGAGGCAACAGAUUAAAUAAAGAAGAAGCAUUUUCAGGGAUGAAUAUGUCGAUCACCAUCACUCAUAGCUCGACAUAGCGACCAGAAACCAUACUUUAAAUUCUGAAUAUAUGGAUUGAUAAAGCGGGAUUUACCUCAUAAUCCGAGCCUUACAGUUUAUUGUUCUGUUGUUUUAAAAACCAACAAGACUUGAAUUGGUUUUAUAUGCAAAACAUUUGAGGUGAGCAUCAUCGCCGAAAGGUGUUAGUAGCAGAAAGGUGUUAGCACCAUGAACAAAAAGACUACUGACACUGUACUGAGUGCAGAAUGCAGAACGUCUUGCUACCUGGAAACUAAAAUUUAUUUUCCUCUGUUUCUAGGGCACUGCAAUUGGUAAAUGUCCAAAGGACAGACUCUUUCGAGAAUACAUUGGACUUGAGUUACAGGUUAGUAGAAUUAAAACUGCCGUUCUUCUAACAUUUUAUGUUGGUCAUCAUUUUGGACAAGUUUAAGGUAAACAGGAAAAAAACAUUUUCAUAUCAACAGCUUCGCACUUUGACUCGCUUUGAAACAGAGGAUUGAAGCAACUCGGAAAAAGUCUAAUAGCAAUCAGCCUCUUGUGUUUUGAAGAUCUCAUGACUCGUAAUUAUGUCUAAUUAUUUUACAGCUUCGUGAGUUCGACCGCUGUCGUAAGUUGUACGAGAAAUUUCUCGAGUUCAACUCUGCCAACUGCACCACGUGGGUGAAGGUAAACAACGCUUUUUUGUCAUAUUUAAUAAAUAACAUUUAAAAUGAUUUAAGCCAAAAACUCAUCAGCAGUUUUCAAAACAGUACCACACGAAGCUUAAAAUAUCGCUCGGUAGCUUUGUUAUAAAAUGGUCAUUAGCUCUGAUUUAGUUUUCCAAAUCAUAUGUUAAAACCACCCUCAGGUUCCAAAUGUCAAGGUUUGUCACAAUCCCUACCUUUGAAGACAAAUCCGUAAUCACCCUUACAAGAACCCCGGGGGGGGGGGGGUACUGUCAUAUAUGGGCUAUAUAUGUAUGUGCCGCUGUGAAGGGUAUGGUUUUCAAGCAGUUCACUCUGGGAUAGGGUGUAUAAAUCAGAGAGUUUAAGUCUAGAAUAGGAUAUCAUUUUCCAGGAAACUGAACAAUUGGUUGAAGAUUUUAGUGUAGACUAGGGAAACCCGGAAUUGCCACUCAAAAAAAUAUAAAAAAGUCAAAUCGGCAAAUUUGUAUUUACGCAACUCAGCCUAAACGCUACUCUAGGAUAAGGGGAUAUUUAGGGAGUUUAGCCUAGAAAAGGUUAGUAAAUUUCAGCUGGACUAGCUCUGGUAUAGGCUCAGGGAUCCAGGGUCCAGCGGCACACCCCUACCCAAAAAUUCCUAAAGUACCCCCCCGGGACAAGAAGAUCAUCUUAAAGUUCCCUAAGAUACCCAAUAUUAAUUUUGUACAAUCUCCACCACAACUCCUCAAAUUACAAGUGUGAAUGCUUCUUAAUUCAGUUAAGCGAUUGAUUAACCUGAGAUCAGGCCCAAUUUGAGCGGUUCUCAUACAUUCUUUCUAACGGCUACCGCUGAAAUUGGGAAAUCUCUUUUCGUUUCGCCUUGCCCGCAAGCUAAUGUAAUUUUCAAAGCGAAACGAAAAUAGAGCCUGAUCUCAGGUUAGCGAUUGAUCAGCGAAACGAACAAUAAAUUGUUGUUGCUUGCCUUCCCCUUAAGUACGCAGAACUGGAGACCAUUCUCGGUGAUACCGACAGAGCCCGGGCCCUUUUUGAGCUAGCUGUCAAUCAACCGCUGUUGGACAUGCCAGAGGUAAAUAAUAGAGGGUCUCAGUUUUUUUGAAAUCCCUACGAACCUUCUUUAAAAUCACCUUCCUCUGUGAGACGCCGUUGAGAAUCACCGAGCGUCCCGUUACUUCAAACGCGGAGGCGAUUUGCCGCGAGUGCGCUCUAAUAACUUACUUUUCUGUCUUAAAGAGAAUAUUAUGUUGUAUCUAUUAAACUUAUAGCAUCCUUAACUUGUUAAAUCGGUAUAUAAGGUUAAUAACGUACCACAACGAAAUGACUUGAAAAGACGCUGAAAUCAGUCUACGAAUGCAUUUAAAAAAUUUCUCCCCAAGACGUUUCAAGGAGGCAUUUAUAUUUGAAUUGGAAUUAGUUUUCUUGAAAUUUUUUUGGGACUAAAACAAUCAGAAAACUUUGUUUUAGUCUAAUAUUGGCUAAAAUAUUUUUUUUCCAGUAUCAAGUAGGUUUUGUUCUAUCGUUGGAGUGUUAAAGAGGAAGUAGAAUUGCAAAGGCGGGCGAACUAGCAAUGACCGGAAAUGACGUUUACUCUUAGUUUAAAUAAUAUUUUUUCACCCCUUGGAUGUUGAGCAGCCGUGAUCGUCUAGUGGUUAGGACACUGCGUUGUGGCCGCAGUAACCCAGGUUCGAAUCCUGGUCUCGGCAUUUUUUUUUUCCUCCUCUUUUUUUGUUUGUUUUUAAUUCUUCACCGUUAAUUCGACAGAUUUUUUUUCGGAUUCCUCCAUCCGUUAGAAAAAAACUGAAGGAUUUCUUCCUUUCAAUAAAAUAGUUUUUUGACUGAUCGUACAUGAGCACUUACGUGGUAUGUCCUUUCGAUCUUCACACACAUGACAGCUUAUAAUAGUUUCUAAAAACAUUGCAUAUCUUUGACACUUAACAUUUUAAUACUUUUUAGGUGUUGAGUUAAAUCCUGAUUUUCUUUCCUUGGCAGGUUUUGUGGAAAGCUUACAUAGAUUUCGAAAUAAACUUGGAGGAAUACGACAAAACCCGAGAUUUGUAUGAAAGACUUCUAACAAGAACACAGCAUGUGAAGGUAUGGACCGUGUUAACUUUUCGCCAGCGUUUGUAAAUUCCGUGGGACUCCCUUAAAAAUUCGUUCAAAAUCUAACCCGAACGAAAAUACACUUUGUGGGAAACCUCCGCGAUGGUGAAUCGAGGGCGCGGAGCGAGUCUUCGAGAGUACUAGCUGCACCGAGGGUGAUUUUUGCGCCUCCCGUCAAAUCUGACGCAUAAUUUUUUUAAAAUCUCGCACAGGAGAGUGUAUUUGUGAAGUAAAGUUUCAUUGAAGGUGUAUUCCCACGAGCAAACGCUAAAUAAACCCGUAAUAAACUUUCCAGUAUUUAGUCGCCAUCUUGAAUAUUGGGGUGACCGAGGGGGGAGUUGGGGCGAGCUAUGCGGGACCUUCUCAGUUCCCUCAUUUCUCUUUUCAGGUGUGGAUAAGCUUUGCACAGUUUGAGGCCUCAACAGGAACAGAUGAAAGCAUGGAACAAGCAAGGUUUGUUGAUGAAAGAAAUUGUAAUUCGUCUUGACUUGUGCAUCGUCGCUAUACAGUUGUUUGGAGUUGUUUAAGUGAUAACACUGUCAACCUUAUUGCCUGCCGUGAAUCAGUACCGGGUAUAAAACGCUGACCGAUUAAAUUGUUCAGACGGCCUUGUGGUAGAGCAGAGCAGGGGUUUUUGAAAUCUUCAGCCUGGUUUUCGUACAGUCGUCCGUGGCCUGGGUUGCUCGCUCGAAAUAUGAUUACGUUAAGUCCAGGGUUAGUUACCCUGACAACUCAGAUCCCAGGUUAGAGGUAGCCGAACUUCAAACAACUCGGCCCUAAUCGUCUCGAUCUUCUGAAUCGUCCCAGAGAUCGUUGGAACGAUCCAGCGAUGCCGAGGUUUUCCAGUUAAUCUUCUUGCCCGCCAGCAGAGAUCAGGAGCGCGCGCUUUGCCAAUCAUUCUUGAAAUUAUGUGUCUAGUUUUUCAAGAGCUAUAAUCUUUUCCUGAACCCUUCUUUUUUCUUCAGGAGUGUUUAUGAACGUGCUGACAAGUCGCUUAGAAAUGUAGAAGAAAAAGAAGAGCGGGUCAUGCUGUUAGAAGCGUGGAAAGAGUUCGAGGUAUUUCAUCUUUGUCCUAUGCCCUUGUGCCACCUAUUGCCUCUCUCGCGCGCCUCUCACGUUCGCGCGCGUCUGACCUUCUGUUUUUAUUUCGAGCGCCUGUCAAGGCCGAUACACACGAGGGAUUUUGCUCCCGGAGCAUGCUCCUCCGUGUGUACCAACGAUUUCGUGGGUAUACUUCAUCCUCAGGAGCAGAAUUUCCACCCUACAAAAUGUUCCACGAUAUUCAAGCGGUUAAAUAUUUGGGAUCAAGCUCCCGGAGCAAAUUGAGCGAACUUGAAAACGCUCCCUCGUGUCUACUGACACUUGCAAAAUGAGCUUGGAGCAUGCUCCGGGAGCAAAACCCCUCGUGUGUAUCGGCCUUCAAGCUGCCUCCAACGCAGGACUAUUGGUCGUUUCGAUACAACUUUAUUCAGUCGACUUGUAAAUUGUUUCACCUACUUGGCUUAAGGAACGAAGAAUAUUCACCCAAAACGUUUUCCUGUUCACACGCAAGCUAUACUUGAAGUGAUCGAAAUUUUUGUCCAGUUUCAGCGCUCGAGUUUGUAUCGAAACGACCGCGGUACUGAGACGCAGCCAUACUGAGUCGGUGGGACACUGGCUCCUUUAUUUUUAGUCAAAUGCUGUCUUGUUGUUUCAGACUGAACACGGAAACGACACCUCACAAGAAAGAAUUAAGAAGAAGAUGCCUCGGCGAGUAAAGAAACGAAGGAAAGUCCAAACAGACGACGGGGUAGGGGAUAUAGUUUCAUUUCAGUUUGCUUGUUUUUCACUAGCCCUCGAGCAAGCUGUCCAUUUCGAGUGGCGAGAGAAGCGAACCGCGAGAAAUUUCGCGCUCUCGCGUGACUUCGUGCAAAAUAGAGAGCUUGCUCGCAGGCUAAUUUCCACACGGUUCUUUGUUGCUCGGCCCCUUCCGGUCUUCACAAAUUUAUUGGACGACUGAGCUAAAUAAACCCUUGUAAUUUCGUCAGAGGAUAAUCUUUAUCGUUUGAAAGAUACCGGAUACCGAACUACCACCUUCUUUUGAGGAGUAAACUUUCUCUGUUUCGUUUGCAGUCUGACGCCGGCUGGGAAGAAUACUACGACUACAUUUUCCCCGACGACGAGGCAAGCAUGCCGAACUUUAAACUUCUCCAAAUGGCCAGGCUUUGGAAAAAGCAGAAGGAAGCACAAAAUGAACAGUAACAGAAGCCGCUACUUUGUACAGAACGGUCAGCGUUUCGAUAAUAAAACUCGGUUAUAUAUGGAAGGGAAAUAACCCAAGCUUCAUUCGUUCAAUGUUUUUUUCGUCUAUCGAACGUGGUAAAUUAUUGAAAAUGUUGAGUUUGUAGCUAAGUAGUGGUGGCCUCAGGCAUUUCUCCCUUUUUUAAGUUGCGAGAAUUCAUCGCAAUGCUAACGCAGGAAUGUUUUGCUAAAUAAAGAGAAAAACAAAUACAACUGCAAAAUAUCAGUAAACUUUUUAAACGCACGCGC